CAAGGCUUCAGAUGCACCGCGAGUUCCUUUAAAUUCGGCGUUUGUUCUGCCGGACAGGUAAUCAUAUGGGUUGUCCCACUCCACCUGCAGCUACGUUUGGUUGCGUAUCGGAUGCGGUACCAACACGCGUAGCUCUACUAAGCCUUUUCUGCGCAAACACGUGCCAUCCUUUGAGAAUUGCCAACAGACCAAGUGCAUCGCCGGUACGUUCCGCCAACGUACCAUGUCAGAGGUUAGAAUAAACCAAUGCAGCCUGCCUGUAUGGGAUGCGGUUACGAAAUGUGAAUUCACCAUUCCCAAAAAGCAGAUCAAUGAUGGUGCUGAUGUCUCAUUCUUUCUAUCUUCGAUGGCCUAUCGAGACAUAUGGAGCUUCAUUUUCCAGCUGAAUGCUUCCAUAUUCCCGAGAUUGGCGCCAAACGACCAAGAAUGCCAUUCGGGAGUCACGACUUACGAGCUCUCGAGCAAACAUGUCACGUAUUCGUCAGCUGUGAAAAAGCUUGGUAACCUGAUGGAAGAGCUGAGCAAGAUCAUCGAUGAGGUGCCUCCAGACACAGGGCCGCGUAGGUUCGGUAAUGUGAGCUUCAGGAAGUGGUAUGAAAUUGUCAAGAAAAGGCUUCCACACAUGAUGGAAGAAUACUUGCCAACCCAGGUACUAAACUUUGGGAAUCAAUCGUCUGGUGAGGUAACCUCCAAAGAUGAAUUGGAAGCCUAUCUUUAUGGCAGCUUUGGAAGUGCUCAAAGGCUUGACUACGGCUCUGGCCAUGAGUUGAGCUUCCUGGCAUUUCUAGGUGGCAUAUGGAAGUUAGGUGGGUUCAACGUUACCGAGCAUGAAGAAGAAGAGCGAGGAAUUGUCCUAGGUGUCGUAGAACCAUAUCUUCGUCUCGUCCGCCGGCUGAUUUUGACGUACACGUUGGAACCUGCCGGAUCUCACGGUGUAUGGGGACUAGACGAUCACUCAUUUCUGCCAUAUAUAUUCGGCUCAGCACAAUUGUCACCACCCAUCAGAUCUCCGGCUGAUAUCACUGACGAAGGAUCUGUCGAUGGCGCACCUAAUCCAGCAGACGUAGCAAAGGCUGACGCUGUUCAACGUGAGAGGAAGACCAAUAUGUACUUUAGUGCCAUUGGUUUCAUCUACGACGUAAAGAAGGGUCCUUUCUGGGAACACAGCCCAAUUCUGUUCGACAUAUCAGGCGUUAAAGCUGGAUGGGCGAAGAUUAAUAAAGGUAUGAUGAAGAUGUAUAAUGCAGAAGUGCUGUCAAAGUUUCCUGUUGUCCAACACUUCCCGUUUGGGUCCAUCUACGAAUGGCAGAGAGACCCAGAAGCAGUCACAGCACAGCAAACAGCUCACACAUCCAACCAACCAAACAGAAAUGGCUAUCAAACAACAAGCAUGGCCGGCUGUGAUAGAGCAGUACCUGUAUCGUCAUCUUAUACAGCUAGGACAAAUGCCACCACACUGCCAACGGCUUCGAUAGUGAGUCGUGCACCACCCCCAACAGCAGCACCAUGGGCAAGGGCAAGCUCCCAGACGGCGCCAACCCCAGUCACCCCACAAGGAGAUUCUACAGCAGCACCGUGGGCCCGUCGCGGCGGAGCGGGAGCGGCAUCCAGCGAGUUCUCCAGCGCACGCUUGCCGCCAACACAAGCUCCCUGGGCCCGACAACCACCUUCUGGAUGAAUAAAUUGCACCAUGGCUUGCGUCAAUAGACGCCCAUAAGAAAAUAGAACAGCUAUGAUCUGUAGUGACGGAAGACAACUUGACCAAGAGCCGUCUCAAUAGACAUCUUCCCAACUCGAUGUUGUGAUCCGGCGCUACUGUUUCGUGACAAAAUAGGCGUUUGAGGUACCUAGCCCUGGGUAGGCAUACGAUGCUUAGCCCAAUGGAUAGAAGCAUGCGUGACAUGCGAUCGUGGCAGUGCGAAAUGCGCGACGAGCAUGGGUGUCGGCGUCAACAGUUGGAUAAACAAUCUCUUCACGAUCAGACGUGUUAGAUACGUGUGCUAUACUGCUGGAUGUUUGAGACGAUGAAACUGGAACAGCUGUGUGUGGUGUGAAUAUGUAACAAUGUUACCUAUGCGACCCAUGCCAUGCCAAAUAUAGGGCCCGUUGAUAGC